GAGAGAAAGAGAGAAAAGAAACGUGUGUGCGUAUGUGUGUCUGCGUGUAUGUGUCAGAAGGUAAUAAAAUGUACAAUAUAACAUAGCGGAGUAAUACAGAGAUAAUGGAAACUACUAUAAUAGAAUAAUAACGCAGUAUAAUAAUCAACACGUAAUAUCAUAUGGUACGUCAUAGGAUCAUAUUUCAGAGAAAUAGAGAGAUUACAUCUGUUCUAAACCUCCAUUGAAUUUUUUCUGGAUAGCGGUGAAUUGAUAGCGAACGCCGUUGAAUAUUAAAGAAUCAAAUCAAGUCCUUGAGUUAAACAACAUUUUGUUAUUUUUAUUUUGUUAAUUUCCAUGUGUGUCGAAAUUUAUUGUUUUAACAUAAAAUGCGUAGUUAAAAAAGCAAACCUCAUCCAAUUAACCCAUUUCUAUGAUUAAAUUGCUUAGUUUCAAAGUAAAUAGUGUCCGCAUCGAUGUACGCACCUAGUAAAUAAUAAAUUACAUUUGAAUCAAAUUUAACAUUUUUAUAGUUAACUUGUUUAAAUUUUUUAGUUUUAAUUGACGAUAUAUUAAAUAGGAGCAACGGCGACCUAUAAAAAUGAUUAAAAAUAACUCUUGGAUAGAGUUCGACAUUACGAAUUUAACAGGGUACGGGCUGUUUUCGAGUAACAUAAUUUAGAUUGCAAGCGAGAUGCAGUUCUAGAAAUUCGAUUUAACGGGUUCAGAGGACACGUCACGAAAAAUCGGAGCGAGGCUCGGAAAAUCGUGGAAAAGCGCGGAGUUUUAUUAUCGCGAUCGCGGAAGUUCGCGGUGAAACGCCUUUAUUUGCUCUGGCGAGCGUAACGCACGCUAUUAAGUGCGUUGUUAUGAGACCUCGCGUCAUCGGGACGAGAUGCGAAGACCUUUCAGAGACGCUCGCGUUAACGUCGCCUAACCAACCGUGUGCUUUAACUAAGUUUCCGCGCCCGGGAAGCACACACAGCCGGGAAUAAAUCGGCGCACGCGACACUCCUAUCGCUGUAAUCAACAGGUUCGAUAAAGCGGAUUACCGAUUCCGCAUUACAGUCAAUUAAGAACGUAUCAUCUUGCGUUCAAAGACACAAAACCGUUAACGUCUUAAUUAACUAAACCUUAACAAAUCAAUUUUAUCUCCCGUAAAAUUUUAAAUUCUGCUCGUUAGAACCUUUCAGCACGCAUCUCAGAGAAGUUGUCGAAAUAAUAUGAAAUAUAUCUCGGGCAAUCUCGUAUUUUUAAAUAAAGGAAAAUUGUCUGUUCGGGAUCCGUCACGUUUGCGAAAUGUUCUGCGUCAUUGUUGUUACAAGGAGCACGAACAUCCACCGUUUUCUCGUGGCGUAGCCCUAUGAUUUGGGAGAUGAAUCGCGAUCCCCCCAAACGACAACGAAAGAUUGACAUUACAAUCAUAAUUAUCGAUGCAAUUAAUUUUUGUUGUGUUAGAGAAGGGAAGGUGAACGCUGCUAGUAGCGCAUCUCGUCCUUCGGCGUCAUAAUUAAAUUUCGCUUCGCUGCUUCUCAGUUUAUACGUGACGAGACGUAAAUGCAUAAUAAUUUAUGCCUCGUUGUCCAGGCUUGCUAUUAAAACGUUAGACGAGACCAUGUGGAUAGGACACGUCUGAACUGCACGGAUCAGCUGAGAUAUCACAGCCGCACGGUUGCGGUCCGGGAACUCUGGUUUAAUUAACGAGAAGUUAUACGUUCCGUCACUUGUACAUUCCAUUUAUCCCCACGCAGUUAUCACGCAGAACUUUCUUUCGCAAAUUGCAUUUCACGUCAACAAACUGUACCUCUACUCUUGUAUUAUAUUAUAUUUUAUAAAAAUUACAUUUAAAUGCGUAUAUUCUUCGUUAUAAUUUUCAUGAAUUGUAUUAUAUCGUAUUAUCAUGUAACUUUUAUAACUUUGACUAUGUUAUGUUAAUGAUACCUUUGCAUAACCAAACAUACGAUAAUUAGUUUCAUAAAUACAACUCGGUGUAACAGCGUUUCAUUAGCAGAGCUUAAUUAACUGUGCAAAUUAAAAGAGCGUUUUAAUAAACUCUUUGCGCGCAAUGAAAUGCAAUAUGCAAAAUAGCGGUUCUUUAUCGAGAAAUUAAAAAAAAAAAGAGACAAACACACCAAAGAAAAAUAUCCGUUGCUUUUCUGCGACACGUUGAGGAAACAAACGUCGUAUUAUUGAUCCAGCUUAAUUCUGCUUAACCGCUAAUUAGCCGGCAGCGAAUCCUCCUUUCUCCCGGCGGCGCACGCUCCGCCGAUUCUCGUCUCGCAGCGGCCGGCCUUGCCGUUAUUUUCGUUAUCGAUAUUAUGACGUCGUUAUCAUUUGCGCGGCCACGGAGUCUGCGGAGGCUGGCGGAGCGGAAGUGAUAACGUCAGAACCAUUCGAUCGUCCGCGAACUAUCGGCCGUGGCUAUCGAUAGAGCCGGCGUAGUUGCGUGAAUAUCAACAAGUUGCGCAGACGUGCCGGAAGCAUUUGUCCUUCUGCAUUUGAUCGUCGUCGAUCGUCGAAGGGAGGAGCGUUUCGCGAUAAGAUUAACGUGAGAGACGUCGCAUCAUUGUGAUCGCAAACGUCGCGUGUGAGCUUCUCGCGAGUCGAUUUUUCCUUGCGAAAGAUUAUCCAGAGCUAGAGAUGAGGACGAUCGAAAAAAAAGAAACUUCGAAUAAAAAACUCAAAUUCACGGUAUAAGUGAAACGGCAAUAUUAGCACGCAAACGUAAUCAAAAUGGGACAUAAAGUAGGAUAAGAGAAUCGUAUCGCUGAAGAUCGAUGAGUGACUUCUGUUUCUUCGUCGAAGAGCCAGCCAAAAAGUCGUAAAGACGGAAAAGGAUUUUUAAAAUGUAGAUUUUAUUUUCGAGAAGCCUUGACUCUCUGUUCGGCGGAAAAGCUUCUUUCCGGGGCAUAACGACGCGGAAAGAAAAAUUUGGCAACGGGCGCAUCGCAGAGAGAAGGCAUUUCCCCUGGAGUAACCGAGAGAGUGGUGGCCACUUUGCUCGCGGUCGACGCGACGACGCGACGAUUGCAGGCCGUCGUCGUCGCAUUAAUUUCGUAGUGGUCGCCAUUGAGAGUGGUUUUUAUGGUGGCUCCCUACCACCCGCGCGCACCUUUAUGUCGCGACUGAAUGGACAGGGCGAGCAGCAGCGACUGCCGGCUCCUCUAUGAGAUAAUAGGCCCGCGAGGCCGUGCCCGUGCCAUUCAGGCCCCGACCCCGGCGACCGAUUCGGGAUCGAAUCGCGAGAGAGAGACCGAGAAGCGAGAGGCGAGGGCGGACAUCGCCGCUGCGGCCCGCAGUCAUGCUCACCAUACAGAACGAUAUGUCGCCGCGCAACGGUUCCUGCGUGGCAGAAGUGAGCUCCGUGAGGAGUCUUUCGUCGGAUGAUGUUUCGGGAGCCAAAGCGAACCGGAAGAAGUCGUGCUGGGCCCGUGCGACCGAUCCGGCCCACCGUCGCGGUCGACGGAUCCAGCUGCUACAGAUGUUGGUGCUGCCCUUUAUACCGAUCCUCGCCCUGAUCGUGCAGACCGCCAAUACCCUCCACGACAUCCUGAUCUAUCGCCAGGAGGUGUCCGACAUAGAGACGCAGGUGACGAUAGCGACGGAUUUGGGCAAAAUGGUCACCAGCAUGCAGCUGGAGAGAUCCGAAGUGGCUUUUUUCAUUUACACAAACGGCAACACGUUAAGGUCGAAUCUGACGCAGAGAUUCGCCAUAACCGAUCAGGAUCUCCUCAACAUGAGCACGUGGCCGCUGGUGUCUGUGCCUACGGACGAGAGCAAGACGCAAACGUACGACGUAGUAAGCAAGGAGGCCUUCCAGGCGCGCCUAGAGGACUUCAGGCAGAAGAUCAGCUCGGAGGAGAGCAGCAUCUCGGAAGUGAUGUCGUGGUACACGAGCGUGAACGCAGCUAUGCUGGACCACCUGACUAAGCAGAUCAAGGAGACGGACAACAGCGGAGUGUGGAGGUAUUUGAUAGCCUUCAAGAAUCUCCUGCGGAGCAUCGAGAGCCUCGGCAUUGCUUCCGUGGAAGGGAUUAAUUAUUUCGGUCGAGGUAUCCUCCAAGGCGAAAAUUACAUCAGUUAUGUUCGCCACGAGGCGCUGGGCCGUGACCUUCUGACCGCCGCCUUGACGUACGUGCCCUCCCUGAAGAAGUUUUACCACGAUCUCACGCGCACCAUGCCCGAGUACGACAAGAUCAAGGCAAGACGGGAUGAAAUCCUGCGGAAUCAAAGGAGGGAGUCGAGCGUAGACGACGCAAUCGCUUAUCUCGAUUCAAUGGCCACUUACAUCGACGAGCUGCGUAAGCUGCAGCGAGAGUUACGUCACAUGAUAAGGGAUUACGUCAAUUCGACGUUACAAGACGCGAGCAACAAGGAAGUCGCGGGGAUCGCUAUCGUCGUUCUGGUCCUAGUGGUAUCCCCCAUCAUCAUCAUACUGAUGCGCAACGCCGUCGCCACCAUUCAGAUGUACGCUGCAAAUUUGGCUCAAAAGGCACGCGAACUCAAACGCGAAAAGAGGAAGAGCGACACAUUGCUCUUCCAAAUGCUUCCACCCAGCGUUGCCCAACAACUCAAGCAGACCCAGCAGGUGCCAGCGGAGUAUUACGAGGCGGUGACCGUCUACUUCAGCGAUAUAGUUGGCUUCACGGAGAUCGCCGCGGAGAACACGCCUCUCGAGGUGGUAACGUUCCUUAACUCGAUCUACAAGCUGUUCGACGCACGCAUCGAGUGCUACGAUGUCUACAAGGUGGAGACUAUCGGGGACUCCUACAUGGUCGCUUCCGGUCUACCCGUUAGAAAUGGUAAAAGUGACAAGCACGUGUCGGAGAUCGCCACGAUGGCGUUGGACUUGCUGGCGGCUUCAUCCGUAUUCCAGGUGCCCAAACGUCCCGGCGAACGACUACAGAUACGAAGCGGGGCCCACACCGGGCCCGUUGUAGCCGGUAUCGUCGGCAGCAAGAUGCCUCGUUACUGUCUCUUCGGCGAUACCGUGAACACCGCGAGUCGCAUGGAAUCGACCGGCGAAGCUCUGCGAAUUCAUAUCAGCUUAGAGAUGAAAAAAGCACUCGACGCGGUGGGCGGUUUCAAGAUCGAGCAUCGUGGCCUUGUUGACGUGAAGGGCAAGGGCCUCAUGGACACGUACUGGUUAGAGUGCAAAGACGGCGGUAUUGCACGCGCUGCCGAGCUCGACCUGCCGUCAUUCUUCGAGGACGUGCGACCGGUCUUCAUGCGGCGCUUGCGUGAAGAGGGUACUCUCUGAUGCGAGCCGUACUCUCGUCGAGACCUCUGGUACCUGAAUCGGCGCCCGAACCCUUGCAUCGUUCGACUGUCCCAG